AUACAUUAUAGCUUGAGACCAACGUAGCUGAAUCAAAGAUUGAGACUUGCAGAAACUUAGUUUAUUAACAAUGGCAGAUGUUACGUUUAUUUGGGAUUUAGUGAAAGAAGCUAUGGCCAUUGUGGGAAAAAGUCUAGAAUACAAGAGCACUCGCAAGAACCUCGAGUCAGCCGUUAGGGAUUUGAGUCCAAGGCUUGAAAAGAUCGAACAAGCCAUGAGGCAGAUGGAUCUCCCAACUGAACAUAUAGAGAAAUUGAAGGAGAAAUUAGCAGAAAACAAAGAAGCUCUUGGAAAGCACAAAAUCCGUUGGUGGAGUUGCGUCCUUGCCCCAUAUUCUCAGACCAAACUAGACGAAGGGUUGACUUCCCUAGAAAGGUUAAUCUCUGUCGAGACACAAAUUCUCAUGCUUCAGCAUUUGACUGACAUCCUCUCCAUUCUGAGUUCUCAAGGUCAUCGUCCCCUUGGAGGCCCAACCAAUUCAGCUCACGACACAUAUAAUGCCGGGACGACACAGAUAUUCAAGGAUCAUCUUGAUGAUGGACACUCCCAAUUUACAGUAGGAUUGAAUGGUGAUUCCAUGAAAGGGUUGAAGCGCAAGCUGCUUCAUGGUGAAGAGCAAGUUCUGAACUUGUAUGGUUUACCAGGAUCCGGGAAGACCACUAAGGCUAGAAAACUGUGUCUUGAUCUCCAAGUCAAAGGUAAAUUCAAGUCCAAUGUGAUCUUUGAGACGUUGGGUUCACAGAUUCAAGGCAACGAGUUAAUCUGCAAGUUGCAGGAUCAACUGUCAAAAUAUGGGGAAAAUGCAGUACUGUUGGUAUUGGAUGAUGUUUGGCCCCACUCAGAAAAUAUGGUUGACAAGUUACGCCUAAGAUCAUCAGAAUCUAGAAUUUUGGUGACUUCAAGAGCUCAAAUCAGAACAGUAAAAGCCCGGUUCCCUAUGGAUCUGCUCUGUAAGGAAGAUGCAGAAAAACUUCUCCGUCACUUCGUUCGAUCGAGUGACAUCGAUUUUGAUGAGCCAGAAAGACGUAAAAUUCUCCUCCAGAUAGUUGACGGUUGUGAGGGAUUACCAUUGGCUAUUGAGUUCAUCGGAGGCAAACUAAGAGGGAAAGAUAUCGAAGCGUUUCAAAAGGUGCAAUUAGAAUGGUCGCGAGGUGAUUCAAUUCUUGAUUCGCAUACAGAGUUGCUUGGCCAUCUCCAAAAUACAUUGAAUCUUUUGGUAGAUGAAUCCAUCAUGGAGUGUUUUAUGGACCUUGGGUUAUUUCCCGAAGAUCAUAAAGUCCCCAUUACUGCAUUGAUAGAUAUGUGGAUUGAACUGUAUGAACUAAAUGAGUCAAGAGGCAUAGAUGCAAUAAUCUUCAUCAAAGAAUUGGUAGCCAUGAAUUUGGCCGCUGGCAUCAAAAUUAGAAGGAUAGUUGGAAUGGACGUGGACAAUUAUUACAAUAACGACUUCCUCAUGCAGCAUGAUCUUUACAGAGAGCUAGCCAUCCGCAUAAGUGAACAAGAACCAGUAGAGAAGAGAAGGAGACUGAUCAUUGACAUGUCAAAUGAUCCUCCGAAAGGGUGGCCCCAGCAACAACAAAGUUUAGCUGCUUCUAUCCUGUCAAUAUCAACAGAUAAAAUGGUCGCUCCAGGUUGGUGCAACAAUAUACAAGCACCUGAUGCUGUGGUUCUGAUCUUGAACCUUAACACUGCAGAAUAUACUUUACCUGAAUUCAUUAAGGAAAUGGGAGGCCUGAAAGUUCUUAUAGUCACCAACUGUGGUUUCUGUACCAGUGACUUGAGAAACCUGGAGCUACUUAGUUCCUUAUUGAGCCUUAAAAGAAUCAGAUUGCAGCAAGUUUCAAUUCCAUCCCUGUGUGAUCUGAAGAAUGUGCAGAAGCUAUCACUUCACAUGUGUCAAGUGAAGAAUGCUUUCGAGAACACUUCUAUUGACUUCUCAAAAGCAAUGCCAAAACUGGAAGACUUGAGCAUUGAGUAUUGUAAAGACUUGGUCAAGUUACCAACCGGGCUCUUCAAUAUCGUCGCCCUCAAGAGCCUCACUGUAAGUAACUGUCACCAGUUUAUUGGACUGCCUGAAGAUAUUGAAAAGCUUGAGAAUUUGAAAACACUAAGGAUUAGUUACUGUGCUAAUAUUGAAGAAAUGCCAGAGUCAAUCACAAAGCUGAAAAGUCUAAGCCUUCUGGACAUAUCAUUCUGUGUGAGCCUUAAAAAGUUAUCAGAAGAAAUUAGUAAGCUGCAGAGUCUAACAAAGCUUUAUGUGACGGGCUGCCCAGUACGUGCAUUGCCUGACUCAGUCAUGGGUUUUGAGAAGUUGGAGAGUGUUAUAUGCGAUGAGUAUGCAUUUUCCUUUUGGGAAGUUAUAAAAUUGCGCUUUUCUGGGCUGAACAUAAAGGUUGCCACCAUGGAUAUUAGCUUGAACUGGCUUUCCUGAUUUUUAGCUCCUUAAGUUCCUUCCUUUAAAUUGUAAAACCUAGAUCUCAGGUUUAGUCGUUUCCUUUCUUAGUUGUUGCUUGAAUAAGCAAACUUGUACAACUUUGUUGGGCUUGAAAACUACGAGACUUUUGUUUGUGCACUGCACUAUAUAUAA